AAAAUGUAGCCAAUCUCUAUUUACCUUUUUAACUGCACUUUAUUUUUUUCUUUAUUUCUAUUUUGUCACAAGUUAGUCGUUAGUAGUCUGUGUUCGUUAAUGAGACAUGGAAGAAGGAUGCAGGAAAUCGUGUUUGCCGACGCGUGUGCUAAUACAGAAUGAUGAUGAAAAUAUUCCAUUGACUAAGAUUCAGACGUCAAGGGCUGGAGCUGAGUCGCGUUAUGAAAAUUGUUUUGACGAGGCAGACAUCGACCACGAUGCACACCUAGACCACCGCGAAUACGUAGUCAUCCUCGAGGAUCUGAGUAAUGUCGUAGUUUCCAAAAGAAAACGAAAAGAAUCGGAGGAGUUAGAUUUGCGAACUAUGUGGAAAUUGUGGUGGCCUCCUAGACUCGAAAUGAUAAUUAUUUCUUGUUUCCAAAUAUUUUUUUUCUUCAUUGAUGAAAGUAAAAAGGGGAAUUCUGCGAUGGGACCCAUUGGCAAGCUGUUUAUUUAUGACCCGAUGAAGAGAUACGAGUUUUGGAGGUACUUGACGUACAUGUUCGUGCAUAGAGGUUAUGACCAUCUCAUUCAGAAUCUGGUAGUACAAAUCUCACUCAGCAAUCUUCUUGAGAAGACCCACGGCUGGUGGCGGGUUCUCGUUAUUUAUCUCGCAGGAGUAGUUGCUGGUUCCCUGGGUACUUCUAUUACAAAUCCCACCCGUACACUGGCGGGGGCCAGCGGCGGUGCCUUCUCAAUUCUCACUGCCCACAUCGCUGCCAUAACCAUGAAUUGGCCAAAAACGCGCCUUCCAGAAAUACAACUCACAAUGUUCGUUCUUGUUACUGUUGUAACCCUCGGUUUUCCCAUCUGCAGCAGCUAUUGGUUCAAUGAGGCCGACCAAACCGCACACACUGCUCAUUUUAUUGGGGCUUUGGCAGGUUUCUUAGUCGGCGUAGUUGUUUUAAAGAAUCUAAAACUUACAGAGAAAGAAAACGUAACGUGGUGGAUUGCCGCGGCUGUUUAUAUGAUAUUGAUGCUGGUCGGAAUCUGUUGGAACAUUUUUUACAGUGAUUAUUUCCCCAAACAAAUUUAAAGCGUGCUUUUUAUGUUUUUUUUUUAAUAAAAUUUUACAAAAUCA